AUGGGACGCAAGGGAAAUAUGCAGACACAUUUGGCCAAGUGCCUUCACAUGCCGAAAGAAGCCACGGCGAUUGAUUACUUCCGUUAUUUGAAUGACAACUAUCCGUCGCUGUCCAUGCUGAUGCAAGUGCUGUGCUCCUUCUCUUCAGUGUCGUUGGUGAGUCGCGCCAUACAUUCACCUUUACAGAAUGGUACCAAUAAUAUGUACACCAACGACGAGCAAUUAAAACUCGAGUACCUACGUGGGCGCUGGGGAAUUGCAUCUGCUGCUGCUUCACUGUUUGAAACAAAGGAAGAUGCGACAAAAAGUCGAAUUACCGGGCAUAAUGAUCGUAGUGGGGCAGCCGUGUUGAGUGCUAGCGUUGUCCUGGAUGAGUGGAAGGAAGCUAUAGAAUCCGAACUUCUCGGACGGGGCGUAGACUUUUGCCUACUGGAAAACAAAAUCAAUGGCGUGAGCGAUUUUAACAUGUCUGUAGAGCCCGAGGACAGGAUGGAGCAGGAAAGGUUCAUGGACUCAAGCUUCUUUUGGCGGAGCUUGACGAUGAGCUGGCGGUAUUUUCGUCAGCCAGUAUGUGCACCGAGUUUCUUACAAAAGUACCUCUUAAAGACUUGUUCAAACCGGCUGAGGCAACUAUUUAGCUCCGUUGCAAAGCGUAAUAUGAAUGCGGUAUACGCAUACAUUUCCUUAUUGCGCAGCACUAACUGUACUAGUCAACAAAGCCUCAGCACUACUCGGAAGUCAAACUUUAUCCCCGCGGCGGCUUUUGGCGUCUCACUGACAUGCAGGCAAGAUCUUACCCUCGCAAGACCCAAAUCCAAUCCUGUAGCCAUCGCCCUGGCAGAACCCCGUCAUUAUUACCGUGUCGCCGUCCUGCAGAAACUUUCGGGUAAUGCCGCUGUCUCCCAAAGCUACGUCACGGGACCCUUGCCAGCUCAGCUCCAGCAUUGA